AUGUAUGGUUAUUCUAACUAUGCUAAGAAAAAGGAACAAUGGAACUUUAUUCAGAGAAUUAGUAGUGCUAAUAGUAACCCCUGGGUUGUUCUAGGUGAUCUGAACUUUCACAUUCUUGAUAACACUUCUGGUACUUCUUCUUCUACUGAUGGGUGGGUUAAAAAUAUUGUUUCUAGUUGUGGCUUAGAAGACAUAGGUUAUGUGGGUAAAGACUUUACUUGGACCAACAACAAUAUGGGUAUUGGUAUCAUCAAAUGUAGGAUUGAUCUUGCUUUGGGUAAUGGGGAUUGGUCUCUAAACUAUCCUAACUCUAUAUUAUUACACUUAGCUCAACUAGGUAGUGACCAUAGCCCUAUCAUGUUAGAUACUGAUGUUACUUUACCUAAUUGUGAGAGCCUUUUAAGUUUUUUUGGACUUGGGUUAAAUGAUGCUUCAUGUUCUACCAUUAUUGCUAAUGCUUGGAAAGAAAGAAAAGAAAGAGUUAAUGGUUCUCCAGCUUUUCAACUUGUUAAUAAGAUGCAUAUAACAAGAAAAAUAUUACCUUUGUGGAACAAAGAACACUUUAGUGAUAUUAAUCAACAAGUCAACAAACUUCAACAAGACUUGCAGCAACUUCAAGAGCAUAGCACCACUUCAGAUAACAACAAUGAGAUCAUCAACAUCAACAAUGAGCUUAACAAGUGGCACAAAAUAAAGACUGAGUUCUAUCAACAAAAUUCCAGAGACAACUUCAUCAAAGAUAUGGAUGCUAAAAGCAAGUACUUCCACAACAAAGUUAAUAGAAGGAAAACAAGGAAUAAUAUUGAUUUAAUACAAGAUCACAACAACACAUGGCUCCAAUCAAGAGAACAAAUUUCACAGCAUCUUACUCAACAUUUUCAGAGUAUUAGCUCAACAUGCAAUUCAGUAAUAAAUGAAGGACUAUAUACAAUACUUCCUACAAUUAUUUCAGAAGAAGCCAACAUAUCACUCAACAGAAUUCCUACAGAUGAAGAAAUAUAUGUCACUUUGAAGAUCAUGGAGAAUUGGAGUGCACCAGGUCCGGAGGGUUUUCAAGCUAGUUUCUACAAGAGUCAAUGGAAUAUAGUUGGUGAAGAUGUAUGUCUAUUGGUCAAGAGGUUUUUCGGAACUAAACAUGUCCUCAAACAGAUCAACAAAACUUACAUUUCACUAAUUCCCAAAAAGAAGAAAUGUGUUGGUGCAGCAGAAUAUAGACCAAUUGGUCUAUGUAAUACUUCAUACAAGGUUAUUUCUAAAGUCAUUGUCAACAGAAUGAAGCCAUUAAGGGAGAAAAUCAUCUCCCCUUUUCAGGAAGCAUAUGUUUCAAGAAGACUUAAUAAUGAUAACACAGUGAUAGCUCAAGAAAUCAUUCAUUCCAUGAAGAAGAAAAGAGGAGAAACAGGUUGGCUAGCCUUGAAGCUUGAUAUGUCAAAAGCUUUUGACAGCAGUCAAUCUGGACAAGUUAUAAAUUUUGAUAAAAGUGCAAUCCACUUCAGUAAGAAGACAAAACCUGAGAUAGCUGAGACACUUAGACAAAUUCUUGGAGUUAAGACUAUGAAUUCCAAAGAAAGGUAUUUAGGUUCUCCACUUAUAUUCUGGCAUUCUAAACAAGAGCAUUUUAAAAGCAUCAAACAAUCUUUUGAGAACAGACUAUCCACAUGGUCUGCAGUUUCUAUGUCUCAAGCAGGGAGAGGAACUAUGAUAAAACGUGUGCUCAAUGCAAUACCAAUUUAUCAGAUGGGACCUUUCAAACUGCCAGCAAAUCUUCUUCAGCAACUUACUAGCAUUGAAAGAAGAUUCUUUUGGGGUUAUAACAGUAAUAGGGGGAACAACCCUACAACUUGGUUAAAUUUAUGUAGGCCUACAGAGAUGGGUGAUCUUGCUUUCAGAAAUUUGGAGAAACUUAAUUUAGCAAUGCUCACUAAGCUUGCUUGGAGAUUGUGCAAUGAGCCGGACAAUUUAAUGACUCGAGUUUUAUCCAGUAAGUACCUCAAAUCUGGAGAUAUUAUCCAUCAAAACAUAAGUGCUAAAAACUGUUCUUAUGUUUGGAAUGGUAUUACAAAAUGGCUUUCUGUGGUGCAACAAAAUUAUUUCAUGGAGAUAAACAAUGGCUUGAAGACCAAGAUAUGGAAAGAAAGAUGGAUACCUGGUAUAAAUCAUCCUCCUCUUCCUAAGAAUGACCUUUUUCGUUUUUAUGAAACUGUAGCUGAACUCUUUCUUCCUGAAACUUCUCAAUGGAAUGUGUAUUUGCUGGAGAAUUUAUUUGAUCAUGAUACUUCUCUAAAGAUACAAGCUCUAUAA